CUGCGGUUAGUUUUGAAGCGUGAUACGAUGUUUACACACUUAUAAGUGGUGAAUUACAUUAACUGUAUUCUAAUGGAGGUGAAAUAAACAGGCUAACAUAUAAACUGAUCAGCCAGCCAGUCAUCAUAAUGGAUGAGUUCAACGACAGUUUAAAUGAGACUGAUGGAAUCCCUCAAGAGGAAAUAAGAUUUGUUGGGUCGGGUCCAGGACAUUUUAAAGGAGAGGGGGCUCAGGAGGAAGACGAUAACUUUGUUAUGAUAUCUGAUAGUUAUGGUGAUCAUGCACAAGGCUCACAGCAACAAGGUUUUGACAUGGAUGUGAACAGGGAGAAUGGAAUGAUGCACCCAGAACAACUACCAGGGAACUACAACUAUAGGAAUAGAUUACAAAACAAUGCUGAUAUAAGCAGAGAUACUGUAUCAGAUUUUGGAAACAUGGAAGCUUACAGAAGGUCUGGGCCAGAGGGAAGUCCAGCAUUUCAGCAGAGUGGAGGCUUUCUGCCCAGUAUUGCAAGCGAUAAUGAGUCAAGUGUAAUAUUCAGGCCUGUUCGACAGCUAGACUUCUCUGCUUUGGAUGAAACUGGACAGACUGAUGAAAUAAUACCCCAUGGUAUGAAUCGUUCCGUGUCAACUCCAGAGCAUGAGGAUAGGAGCAUGUCCUACCUGGAGAGAGAGGUGUGUGGUUCUCAGGCAGAUGAUGAAAACACAAGAGAAACAUCACCAGAAACAGGAUUCUUCGAAUUGAAAUCUUCUCCACUACAUACAAGUGAAAGUGAGGGUGAAUUAGACAGUCGUGUCAUAUUCUCGCCAUUAAACAAUGGUGGGGCGGGUACUAUGUAUAACACAUCAAUGACAUUUGAACCAAAUUUGAAUCAGGUAGAUACGGUUAAUAAAAGUGGUCCUCCACCUUCAAAUAUGGUGACAAGGUCUCAGUAUUCACCACCUAGUCGUCCAUUUGACAACCAAGGUUCACCUCAGGCAGUGCAGUAUCAAAUGUCUCCUAUCACAGGUCAUCCUGUGGGGAAACGUUCAGUCUUUGUCAAUAUACCUAAUCAUUCAGUGUAUGAUAGAACAGAAAAAGAGUCGCCAAAUAAUAGAAUGUUAGAAACCAAUCUGAAAUCACAAUCUCCAAGGCUUCAGUUUGUUGAUGAUACUAAUAUCCAAAGUAUGUCCCCGUCACAACCUCAGUCACAAGUAUUCUCAAAUAGUUUGCCUCCUAGAUUACAGGGAGUACAAAGAUCGCCACUCAGAAACCAAGGACAAAUGAUAGGUGCUACUGGCUCUCCACGAUCUAUGAAUUCAAAUAUACGAACUGACAAGAGUGUUGAAAACUCUCCACAACAGCUACACGCAAAUGGAGCACAAAGAUUAGACUCUCAUCAAGGUCAUGAUCAAGUGACAGAUCAUCCUCAGAAUCAAACAGAUGAUUCCACACAAAGGUUACCCUCUCCAUCGGCUUGGAAAAUUCCUGGUGAGCAAACAAAACAAAAUCGAAAUCUUUUCAAAGAGCCAAAAAUGGCAGCCCCAAAGCGAGCCGGUAACACUCAAAUGCAAAAUAAUAAAAGACCAACUAUGCCAGCAAAGAACUCUCAACGAGAAGUUGUAAACUCUGGGCUUAAGGCCAGACAGGUACAAGCAAAACAGGAUACAUCUGGUGCCAGGGUCAAAGGUCAAAAUUUAGAUACAAGGCUAGCUAAUAGUGCUGGAACAAUGUCUAACAGGAUGGUCGGUCCUCCUACUCAACAGCAGAGAGGGGGUCCUAACUCUCAGCCAGUAGGAGAGGAUAUGGCCAGAAAGGGUGCUGCGAUUGACAGGAAGGGUAACAUGACCCAAAGGUCAACAGUGACUGCAGUGAAAAAAAUGGACAGAUCACAACAGAAUCCUCCGUCUGAAUACGAGAGAAAAGUGGAAGGAAGUUUGCAUAGAAACAGAUCAGAAAGGUCAAGAACAAUAGGUCAAGUAUCAUCAUCAAGUGACCGAGGGGCAGGUACUGGACAGGAUUCCAGUUCUCCUGGCACACAUGCACAGCAUCCUGGAGUGAAUGUGGUCACCCAAGUCCAACAGUAUGGCCGAGACCCACGGCAGGAUGAGUUUGGUCAGCGUGUCAUGUACAAAGAGCAGCAGAAUCCUCAUUUUGGUAUGGCUGUCCAUGGAGGAGAUACAAGUCUGGAUGUCCAAGGGAUGGAAAAUGUCCGUAGUCAACUCCAGAGUAUGCUGAAAUUUUCAUCAGAUGCUCUCAAUGAAACACAGCAGUACAACCAUGUUGAUUCGGUCAGUGGACUUUUGAUGGAUGUGCCACAGGAUCCCUACCUGUAUCAGGCCUCGCUUGACCAGUCAGUCUCCAGGGGUAAAGAAGAUGCAUCAGAGUUUUAUGAGAACUUUCCGAGUUUUUCAUCUCGUAUUUGGUCAGACACUUCCAAUGUUGCCCGUAGUGAUACCUCGUUACAGCAGGAGAACCAGCGUCUCAAGGAUAUGUUGGAGAAGGAGCGGUAUCGCAGGAAGCAUUGUGAGCAGCACAUUCAGAAACUCAAUGUCAAACUGUUAGAGACCCAACAACAGGUUGCUGUGGCUGUUUCCACUGACAAACGUAAAGACAUCAUGAUUGAACAGCUUGACAAGCAAUUAGCCAAGGUUGUGGAAGGAUGGAAGAAAAGAGAUGAGGACAAAGAGCAAUUCAUCAAACAAAUGGAAAGAGAAAAGGCGCAGUUGGAGGAAAAUCUGUCUAAACAGCAGAAUAUUACUGCCAACUUUGAACAAGAUAUGUCUCGAGCUGUGAAUGAGAUUCGUCAGGAGAAAGAGGAGGCCAUUUUGACCAUACAAAAACUGAGGACUGAGGCUGAUGACCAUGAACGGAAUCGCAUUCACCUUGAAGAUGUCAUCAAGUCUGAACGAGAAAGAACAGAACUGAUGGAACAGGAAUGGCAGAAAGUCAGAGAAAACCGUGAAUUAAAUGAGAUGAAAGUGCAACAGUUGCAAGAUAGAUUACAUAAGGAGCAGGACGAAUGGUUCAGAAGGGAACAGGAACUUCUGCAGCGUGUGGAGGAAGUGACAGAGAAAAACAUCAAGGUUGUUCAGCAGGAACGGACAAAGAACACUGAGCUGGAGAGUCAGGUAAAGGAAUUAGAGGAGAAAAGACAGAAGUCUCUCACAGACAUCAAACGUCUGGAGAUGGACAUGGACGUCGUCACAAGGGAAAAAGAGAGUAUGAAGGUAGAGAUGGGGAUAAUGGAAGACAAGUAUGAGACCUCACAAAGGACGCUCGAGGCAGAACUACACUCACAGAUGCAGAAAGAGAUAGCAUCCCAGAUCGCUGAUGUCCAUAAACGUAUCGAGGAAGAGGAGGAGACGAUGAGAGAGAAUCAUCGUCACCAAGUUAUGGAGUUAGGACAAAGACACAAACGUGAGAUGGAAAAACAACUGGCCCGCUACCAUGAGGACCUGAAAAAUCGUGAGGAUGAAAGCAGGAAGAUUUGUCAGGAAUAUGAACAGAAGCUCCAUGAUAGUAGGACAGAAAUUACUUCACUGCAAUCGUCGAAACAGAAACUUGAGUCCCAGAGGAGCGAGAUCCUUACGAAGCUGCAGUACAUGAUGCAGUCACAGUGGAAUGAGGCCGUGUCAUUACUGUCUGGCUCUCCCAGCAGAAAGAAGUUGCCGUCCUCAAACACAUCCUUCUUGUCCAUGGCUGGCCAGACAGAUGAUGGUGUCCAGUCUGUUGGUCCAGCAGUUAACACUCUGACCACAGACACUGCUGACCACAAUCCCCUGGGUGUGUCUGAGAGUGGCCCCUUUAACCCUGAGCUCAGUUUGGCUGACUUCAGCACCUCUCUACAUAUACAGCAACUUCUCCAGAGUCUUUCUCUGCCAGGUAUAAGAGGAACAAGUUCUCCUGAGGCAGUAGGUAGCUCAACCUACGAUCAGGGUGUCACUAAGUUGGUGACUUCACAACCAGUCAAUACAAAUACUGACAGACUUACAAAACCAGGGACAAAUCAACAGCCAGUAACAAUAAGCCCAGAGACAUUCCAAAUGCCAAGCAAUCCACCGACAACAAUGAAUCAAGAGGUGUUCCAAAAUCCAAACCAUUCACAAACAUUAAUUAAUCCAGAGGAUUAUCAAUUACCAAACAACACAUUGUUGUCUUUUCAAAAUACAGAGAGAUUUCAUGGACAUGACACAAGUCAGCGGUCAGAUUUAUAUAACCAAAAUGUUCAUAACUGGCUCCACCAGGCGACCAUUACAAGCCUGCAGCCAACAUCUACUAACAACUUUGAUUGGUCAACUCAACAGGCCAAAAUGGCAUUAGCAGCCAAUCAUCAGCAGCAGCAGCAGCAGCAGCCUGUUGCUGUGCCCAUCAGGCCUCCUCAGCAGCACAGCAGUGAGGUUCAGCAUCAUGAGCAGACCCCUGACAGUACUCUAUCUGAGCAUCCCUCUGAUUGGUCGCAGCCUGGCCACUCGCCCCCCACCAAACUGCAGGGUCACCGACGCAUUAGGGAGGAUCAACAGAAGUCUGAUGAGGAUGAGACUUCAGAAAACUUGAGACUUGAUGUGGACUACAGUCAGUUAUCGGACAGAUUAAGGGAACACGAGUCGCGCCAGGGGCAGCUACAGCACUAUAUACAAAUGCUUCUGCAGAAACCUCCAGGUUCAACCAAUGAGGACGGAGAUGAUUAUGAAAACAAUUCUCAGACAUCUCAAGACCAGACAGAGGAACUGGACUUAAAUGAUACUGCGCAAGCAGCUCAGCUUCAGAGGGAGCUCACACGGAUUCAGCAGCUUCGAGAUGGGAAGGCUACAAGUACAGGAAACAAACAGACCGUCCCCAGUCAGGGCAACUCAUUUCAAGGAGUACUUAGUCCAGACCAGCUGGCUGAAAUAUCCAGAUUAUUGGGGCACCAGAAUACGUUAAUGGAGCAACCUCAGGUUCACCAACAGGAUGCAGAACAGAUCACAGAGUUAAUGGAGGUGUUAAAGAGUUUAAACUCAAGACAGCCCCCAAAACAGUCUGGACAACAACCACCUCCAAAGGGAGGGAAGAAAUCAGCUCCCCCCAACAACAGUUCACCACGCUCCCCACCUCAGGUCACACACAGAGAUGUGGCCAAGGUCAAGCGGAAUCUCAAGGUCGCUCUGGCAGGAAUGCCUGAAGGAGUCCAAGGACAGACUACUUCAAAACCAGGGUCACAGGUCAAAAAAACUGACAGAAAAGUAGCACCUGUUGUAGCAGGUGGGGUCAGGCCAACUCAAGGAAAGGUCAAAUCAGCAUGGAAAUAGUUUGUGAUUGGUCAGGGGAAAAAAGUGGGCGGAGUCUGUGAUAUUGAUUGACAGAAUGAUGUCUGUUACCUAAGUGUGAACCUGUUCUUGUUACCAAAGUUUAUAUAUAACAUUAUAAGUUUAUGGUACUGUUGUGCAAAAACAUCAAAUUUCAUACAUAUAAUGUAUCAAAGUUGAUAUUUGAAGACAUGACUCUUACAGUUUAUGCUGUGAGGACUUUUUUUACCUCACUUAAAGUGAAAGAAUCUUAUGACAAGGAAAGAAAUGUUUUCUAAAUUAAUAGUUGUGCGAAAACCUAUAAUCAUGUUAUUGUUAUGAUAGGAUAUACUGUUAAAAAGUGGUACAUAAUGGAUACUGGCAAUUUUGUACUACUACCUGAAAUUGCAAGUUCAGGCGUGCAAGGAAUGACCUGGUAAAAACCUAAUGGGAAGUGGUCUUGGGGAUUCACCCAUGUUUUAUUGUCAUUUAUGGCCUAUAAUGUAAUCAAACUUCAUAUGAUGUUUUUGAUGGUCAGAGAAAAAACAUGUUUUGUGACUACUUUCUUGCCAUUACAAUGAAAAUAGAUUUUUGAAUUUCACAAUUUGGACUUUUCAUGUCAGAUUCAUCAUAAUUAGUCAUUGCUAAAAUUAAAAAAGACUUAAUGUGAUGUUUUAAACAUUCAAGAAAGACGACUAUAUUACUCAAAUUAGUAAAAAUUCGAAAACCUUGUGAUUUUGUAGUUGUGGCAAGCUUUUUUUUUGUGCAUUCACCAUAACACACAUGUAUUAGCAUUGAAUGCAGUCUUUAUAGAAUCAUGCACAUCAGAGUUCGGCUCACAAGGGCUGUACACAAUGUGGUAACAUCUGACUUGUACAAUUGUUAAACUUUAGUGGCCAGUAACAGAAUUCUAUAACCAUCAUUUAUCAUCUGCUUUCUAUGAAAAUGUGGAAUGUAUGUUUAAAUGGGAUGAUUUCUAGAGUUCACAUUUUGGAUAGACUUACUCCCAUGGCUACAUGAAGUAGAAAUCAAAACAAGUCAACUAGAUAAUAUUUUUUCUGGAGAAGUGUUGUUUGUUGAUGUUUCAAUGUGACUGAGAGUUUACAAACAUUACAGUAGUUUCAUGACAAAUGGCCACAAUGCUAAGUGUUCUUCCCGUGAAUUUGAUUUGAUAACUUAUGCAUUGGUACCUUCAACAUGUAUCCAGUUAUUAAACAUUAAGUUGUUGUUUAUAUUUAAGGAAUCUCCCAGGUUUAAUCUAUUUGCUUUGAUGUAAAAAAAUUAUUGGAAGUAUUUUGAAAAUCAGUGCUAUGAAUAUAUUACAUAUUUUUUAUAAUGAAAAAUACAGAAGUGGGGUGGGUGGAUGGGGUGGCGUUUCUCAUUGAUUACUGUUUGGUAAAGAGUGUAUAAACAAUACAAUAACUUGUAACAGUGUGAUGGCAUUGUCCAAUUUGGUAAAUGUGAUAUUUUUGGUGUCAGCAUGUAAUUUUUAUACAGGAGUGAAUAUUAUGAAAUU